AGAAAGUAAUUAAUUAAGCUAAUGAAUCGGGUUUAGUCGAUUCACAAACUUUUGAGCCGAAUGCUACAAACAAACAUUAAAUACAGAGACAAAAUCUCCAACUCCCAACUAGCUAGGACGCCUUUGGUCGAACCCACUUUGUUCCAAAAAUAAUAAGUAUCAACUCAUCAACUUCAUUUCAAUUUGCUUACACCAAAAAACCAACUAAAACUAAGUUGCAGAAAUCUCAACUUAAAAAAAAAAAAAAAAAACAUGGAGAGUUCCAACAGGCAGAAACGAUGGAGUCUCGAAGGUAUGACAGCACUCGUCACUGGUGGCACCAAAGGAAUCGGAUACGCCAUUGUUGAAGAGCUUGCAGAAUUUGGUGCAACGAUUUAUACAUGUUCGAGAAAUGGGUCUGAGCUUAGUGAAAGGCUGAAAGAAUGGGAGGCAAAAGGGUUAAAGGUGAAGGGAUCAGUGUGUGAUUUGACGUCAAGAACUCAAAGAGAAGAACUCAUCAAAAAUGUUUCUUUAGAAUUUGAUGGCAAGCUCAAUAUCUUGAUAAACAACGCUGCAACAAGUUUACUGAAGCAUGCUUGUGAUCACACUGCUGAAGACUUUGAUGGAAUAAUGUCGAGUAACUUAGAAGCCCCUUAUCACAUCACCCAAUUGGCUCAUCCUCUUCUCAAAGCCUCUGGAUCUGCAAACAUCGUUUUCAUCUCUUCUGUUGCUGGUGGCAUUGCCCUCCCUGCCAUGUCUGCUUAUGCUGCUUCCAAAGGUGCAAUAAAUCAACUAACAAAGAAUUUGGCGUGCGAGUGGGCCAAGGACAACAUCCGUGCCAACGCCGUCGCACCAUUUGGUGUUAGAACUACCAUUAUCAAACCUGAGGAUGUGGAGAUGUCGAUUCUGCAGAUGGUGGCGCCAUUGAUGGCUCGAACGCAUGUGAGGCGAAUAGCGGAAGCAGAUGAGAUAUCGCCGUUGGUUGCAUUUCUGUGCCUUCCUGCUGCUUCUUACAUUACUGGCCAGGUUAUUUACGUUGAUGGAGGCUAUACAGCAGGCUGCUAUUAAUACUUCAAUAUUCAUUGCUACAUAUCAUAUGCUGCUAUAGCCUCCUUUAAUAAUUGUAUAAACUAUGCUUUAUGGCAUGCAUGGCAUGGCAACAUAUAAUUACUCCAUCAUAUUAAAUUCGAUCCUCAGACUUAAUUUA